GGGGCCCGGGAUGGAGCCGGGGCUGGAGCGCUGGGCUUACGGGGCGCUGUGGGCGGCCCUGGCCGGCAGCCUGGCGCUGAGGGCGGCCCGGCGAGCCCUGGGGCCGGGCCGGGGGCUGCUGCUGCCCCUGGUCGGGCUGGCCGGGCUGCAGAGCCUGUGCCGCGCCUGCCUGCCGCUGCCCCUGGGGCUGGCCCUGGCCGCCGCCGCCGCCUGCCUGCUGCUCUGGCGGGCAUCGCCCCGCAGGCUGCUGCCGGUGGCGGGCAGAGCCGUGCUGGUCACAGGCUGUGACUCGGGCUUCGGGCAGGCGACAGCACGGCACCUGGAUGCCAUGGGCUUCCGAGUGUUCGCCAGCGUGCUGGACCCGCAGGGCCCCGGCGCCCAGGAGCUGCGCAGGAGCUGCUCGCCCAAGCUGACGCUGCUGCAGAUGGACCUGACCAAGCCGGAGGACAUCCAGAACGUCCUGCAGCACAUCCAGACCCACACCAACAGCACAGGGCUCUGGGGCUUGGUGAACAACGCCGGCUUCAACGACACCAUCGCCGACGCCGAGCUCUCGCCGCUGGGCAAGUUCCGUGCCUGCAUGGAGGUGAACUUCUUCGGCUCGCUGGAGCUCACCAAGGGGCUGCUGCCUCUGCUGCGCUCCGCCGGCGGCCGCAUAGUCACCGUCAGCAGCCCCGCGGGUGACCUGCCCUUCCCCUGCCUGGCAGCCUACGGGGCCUCGAAGGCAGCCCUCAGCCUGCUCAUGGACACCUUCCGCAGCGAGCUCCAGCCCUGGGGUGUCAAAGUCAGCCUCAUCCUGCCUGGCUACUACAAAACAGGGACCACCUGCGACCCUGCCUUCUGGAACCUGCAGAAGCAACGGCUGGUGGCCAGCCUGCCCCGGGAGCUGCUGCAGGCCUACGGCGAGGACUACGUGGAAGAGAUCAACCGCCAGUUCAUCCAGUUCAUGAAGGUGGCGGUGGAGGACCUGAGCGCGGUGGUGAACAGCAUCACGGACGGGCUGCUGGCCGCCGACCCGGCCGUGCGCUACUACCCAGGGCAGGGCCUUGGGCUGAUGUACUUCAUCCACCGCUACCUGCCCUACUUCGUCCGAGACUUGUUCCUCAAGGGCUUCUUCAUCAACCCCAAGCUGCCCCGAGCGCUGCGGCAGGAGCACCACAGCGAGGCCAAGGCAGCCUGACCGCGGGCAGCCUGCGGACGCGGGGCCGGGGGCAGCCUCCUCCCGCCGGCGCUCGGCUGCCAGCCGCCCCCCGGCCGCCCCGCGGCAGGCAGAGCUCUUUUCUAUCGGCGUUUUCUACAGACCCUGGUUUUGUACUUUUUCUACCCGCACGGCCCCCGAGGGGCCAGGCCCUGCCCCGGCUCGACGGCUCCGCACCACGGGCUGGGAUGGACCCGCGGUGGCGCUCAGCUGCCCGACAUCCUCCUCCUCCUCCUCCUCGCCGCCCUUGGAGCUGCGUUUAUCUCCUUCACCUCCCGGGGACAGGGGAGGGGGUCAGGCCCGGGAGGCUGUGGCCACGGCCGUGCCAGCCCCUGCCCUUCGUGCCACACUCCACGUGCUCCUGGUGAGCGCAGGGGCCGCGGCCGGGCCGCCGGUGCCGCCCAGGUGCCGGUGCCGCCGAGCUCCUCACCGCAGAUGAACUUCGUGAUUGUCACUUUUUCAAUAAAUCUCCUCUUGAUACGG